GAGCCCAGUCAGAGGCUCCUGGCCGCGUGACGUCACCGCCCGGGCUGGCUAUAGGCUGGCCGCUGAGCUCUCCGAAGCGGCGGCGGCGGCUCUGCCCGCUUCAUUCAGCGCUUUCCGCAGCCUGUGUGCAGCCGCGGCACUCGGGGGCUCCCUCGCCAGCGACACACAAACCGGGCACAACUCCCCGCAACGGCGGCCCAGGCUGGAUCUUCCUUUCCUCCUUAGCGAAGGAGAAAAAAGAGGGAGGGAGUGUGAAGGACUGUGUGAAGGCAAGGCAUUUCCCCGAAACAUUGCUAGCAUCCCAGCUCGAGCAUCUGCAGCGAGAGAGGACGAGAGAGAGGAUCCUCGUCUUUUCUAAAAGCCUCCUCAAUGAGUGCCAAGCUCUCCAAGGAGUUGAGGCUCUCCCUGCCGCCCUGCCUCUUGAAUAGGACAUCUGGCUCUUCAAAUGCCAGUACCACCUGCAUCACGCAAAUGGGGCAGCUCUUCCAGUCUUUCUCUUCCACUUUUGUUUUAAUUGUUCUGAUCGCCCUCAUCUUCUGCCUGAUUCUCCUCUCCCUCAUUACUUUCCAUGUCCACAAGAGGAAGAUGAAGAAACGGAAAAUGCAAAAGGCUCAGGAGGAAUACGAACGGGACCACUGCGCAGCACCAGCGCUGAGGCAGGUGGUUCGUGUGAAAUACCUCAAGGGAGAGAAUCAUCCAGGGGGAAGAACCACCCAGGAUUCUAAUAUCCAGUGUACUUCUGCUCCAGAACCACAGAAAACACAUUCUGAAAGAUCAUGUUUGGACACAGAUACUCCAGGGCUUUUGCACACAGUGGUAUUGUCUUGAUUUUCUUUCCUUUUUAUUUUCUGUGGGGACCUCACCAAAAGACACUGUUUGGUGUUUGUACAUAUUUGAGUGGUUAUCAUUAUAAUCUUGAAGAAGACGAAGAAGAAAAAUUAUUAUUAUUAUUAUUAUUACUACUACUAUACUAUAAGGAAAGAAGCAACCAGAAAUCAAACGCAUGACAAAUUUCAUUGCGUUUCUCAUUGACUUUUUGCAAAGGGAAGGAUGCAUCUUUAUUUCUUUAUUUUCCUUUCAGAUAAGACAAGAAAAAGCUGCACAGUGCUACCAAAUAUAAAGUAAUCUGCCCCGAAAGAAAAGGUGCAGACAGUACAAUUGUGAUGUACAUAUAUAAUGAUCUAGAUUAUAUAUACAGUAACAGCAUAUCUCUAUUUCCUUACCCUUCUUUGUUGGAGAUUAUCCUUAAGUGUCAUGGUAUUUAAAGGACUGUAUCACCGGCCAAGAAUGAAAAAGGGAGGGAGAGAUAAUGGGGGGGGGCAAGGGGGGCGACAGAAAGGGAGAGACUACCUCUAAACAUGCUUUUGGACUUUUGUCUCAGUGGCACUGGCAAGAUGAGGGGACUGUUCUGUUGUCCAAUUUGCAGUGAAGCAUGAAAGAUCUGACCUUUUCGUAAGGUUUGUUGUGUCAAUAACAGUUCUCCCCUCCUCCUCUUUUCCAACACCAUCACUCUCUUUUAAGAGAUUGGCAUAAAAAAAUAAAACCACCUGCCCCUGAUUAAGCAUAAGCAAAUAAUAAAUGACCCUCCAUCAACUGAUGCUGAUCUCCUUUUUAAUGUUUUUAAUUCCUCUCGCUUUCGCUCUCUCUGCAGUAUCACAUACCCUGUGCCCUGCAAAGCUGCGUAUGCCAAACAGACUAGCUAUGCUUCUAUACCUAUAUCUAUUAUCUAUGGGAGGGACUGGGGUUAUUACUCCACAGGAAUGUUUUGGGUUGUAUCUUUCUCUGUUUCUCUUUAGCCAUUUUCAAUUGUAACAACCUUUUUCUUAUAUUAAAUCUGGAAUAAGAUACCUUUUGUGGUAACCAAAA